GGAGGACACUCCAGUCCUCAUGACGCGUUGGGGUCAGGUACAAGUACUGGCGCGUCCCUGGUGAAUUAACUAUUUUUCAUCUGUCUUUUGUAUCGCCAAUUGCUUGCUUGCUUGCUGCCGUUUCAUAGCAUUCGUCGUCAAAAUGGGUUCUACAGUGGGCGUUUCGCCCAUCACCGUCGACGGCACAUCCUUCGCUCUCACAGGCCACAACGUCUCCUACCGCUUCCAUGUCGACAAGGACACGGGCGACCUCGUCACAGACCACUUUGGAGGCUACGCGCCCGAGGAUGGCCUCAUCUGCGACCCUGGGCAUCCCCAAGGCUGGGCGCCCGCGCUCUCGCGCUCUCGUCGCGAGUUUCCCGACAGCGGUCGCGGCGACUUUCGCACGCCGGCCUUCCAGAUCCGCCAGAGCGAGGGCAGCACCGUCAGCGAGUUCAAGUACAAGUCGCACGCGCUGGUGAGCGGCAAGCCCAGCCUCCAGGGUCUGCCCGCGACCUUUGGCAGCGACAGCGAUGUCGCCUCCCUCAAAGUCACCCUCGUCGACGAGGUCAGCUCUGUCGAGGCCGAGCUGCUCUACUCCAUCUUCCCCAAGUACGAUGCCAUUGUGCGCAGCGUGACGGUCAAGAACACGGGCCAUGACACCAUCGUCCUCGACAAGCUCGCCAGUUUCAGCGUCGACUUUCCGUACGAAGACCUCGAAAUUAUCGAGAUGAAGGGUGACUGGGCGCGUGAGGGUCUGCGCGUCCGUCGCAAGGUCGACGUCGGCACGCAGGGCUUCCAGAACAGCACGGGCUUCUCGUCACAUCUCCACAACCCCUUCCUGUCGCUCGUCUCGUCCACCACCACCGAGUCGCAGGGCGAGGCGUGGGGCUUCUCGCUCGUUUACACGGGCUCGUUCGCGGCCGACGUCGAAAAGGGCUCCCAGGGCCUGACCCGCGCCAUGAUCGGUCUCAACCCUGCCAUGUUCUCCUGGCCCCUCAAGGCGAGCGAGAGCUUCACAUCACCCGAGGUCGUCAGCGUCUACUCCAGCACCGGCCUGGGCGGCAUGUCGCGGCAGUACCACCGACUCUUCCGCAAGCACCUGAUGAAGAGCAAUUUUGCGGAGAAGACGCGCCCCGUCCUCCUCAACAGCUGGGAGGGCACCUACUUUGACAUUGACGAGAAGAAGAUCACCACCAUGGCCCAGUCUGCCGCUGACCUGGGCGUCAAGCUCUUUGUCAUGGACGACGGGUGGUUCGGCAACGGCAAGCAUGCCCGCAUAGACGACCUCGCCGGACUCGGGGACUGGGACGUCAACAAGGACCGCUUCCCCCAAGGCCUCGAGCCCAUGGUCGAGAAGAUCACCCAGAUGAAGGCAGCAGGGACGGACCAGAAACUCCAGUUUGGCAUCUGGGUCGAGCCCGAGAUGGUCAACCCAAAGUCUGACCUGUACGAGGCGCACCCCGACUGGGCCAUCCACGCAGGCCGAUACCCCCGUACCGAGCAGCGCCAGCAGCUCAUCCUCAACCUCUCCCUCCCCGCGGUGCAAGAGUUCAUCAUCGACGCCAUGACCAAGCUCCUCGAGUCGGCGCCCAUCACAUACGUCAAGUGGGACCACAACCGUGGCCUGCACGAGGCGCCCUCCCCCAACCUCGACCACGAGUACAUGAUUGGCAUGUACCGCGUCUUCGACACCCUCACAUCCAAGUUCCCCGACGUGCUGUGGGAAGGCUGCGCCUCGGGCGGCGGUCGCUUCGACCCGGGCAUCCUCCAGUCCUUCCCCCAGUUCUGGACGUCCGACGACACGGACGCCCUUGAGCGCAUCGGCAUCCAGUUUGGCCACUCCAUCGUGUACCCUGCCUCCGCCAUGGGCGCGCACAUUUCCGCCUGUCCCAACAGCAUGACGGGUCGCACCCAAUCCGUCACCUUCCGCGCCCACGUCGCCAUGAUGGGCGGCUCGUUCGGUCUCGAGCUGGACCCCAAGGGUCUCACGGACGACGAGAGGAAGGAGAUGCCAUCUAUUCUGGCGCUGGCCGAAAAGGUGAACCAGACGGUCGUCUCGGGCGAUUUCUACCGCCUCGUGCUGCCCGAGGACUCGAACAACCCGGCGGGUCAGUUCAUCUCCGAGGACGGGAAGCAGGUCAUCCUGUUUGCCUUCCAGACGCGCUGCACCGUCAACUACGCGCAGCCCUGGUUCAGGUUGCAGGGUCUCGAUGCGGGCGCCAGGUACAAGAUCGGCGAGAAGACGGUGUCGGGGGCCACGCUCAUGAACGUUGGUGUGCAGCUGAGGUUUGAGGGUGAUUAUGACAGUCACGUCGUCAUUGCGACGAGGCUGUAAGCGAGUGGAUGACAUGAAAUAGAAAUGAAUAAUGAGAAUCCUUAAAGAUCACCACCACGUGCAGGAUGUUGACCGCAUCCUCGCAGAAGUCUGGGACCACGGCCACUGUCACAGCUUGACUUGGUCGAGUUUGGUGAGUGAAUAAAUGUGCAAUGUGAAAGUCCAUCUAUCACGAUCAUUAAUGAAUGCCGCAUCCUAUGGUGGAGAAGUUCGAGUGGCACUGCAUCUUCAGCCGUCCCCUCAUGGGGUG